CUGUUCCUCGUAACGAACGCGAGGCUAGAGCAGCGGCGGCGUCGUGACUCGUGUUUCGUUGCGCGUACGUGCGGGCAGUUUUUUUUUUAACGUGAUUUACAGAGCGGCGUAUUACGAUUCGAGUGAGCGAGGCUCGAGUGGCUAUCAUCGCGCGUACGAGGGGCGCUCGCACAUCGGUUUAAUCGUCAAUUUCAGUUUCUUUUCUACGUUUUUUCCCCUUCCACCGAUUAUCAAUGGACACGUCUGUCGGCUACCAUGCUACCACGGAGACGGCAACGGCUGGAACGAUGGUGUCAUCUAAUCAGCCGAGGAAGACAAAAAUAUUUGUCGGCCGGCUGCCGGAAAAUUGUCGCAACGAGGAGUUGCGGCAAUUGUUCUUGCGCUUCGGUGAAGUAACCGAAUGCGAUGUAAUGAAUCGAUACGGCUUCGUCCACAUGGCGCGGGAGGAGGAUGCGGCGGCGGCGAUCAAGGCACUCCACAAUUCCAACUUCAAGGGGGCGACGAUCAACGUGGAACAGUCGACCGGAAAGUCACGCGGCGGCGGAGGAGGUCGCCGAGACGAUCGAAGAGGUGGACCAAUGAGAGGUGGUAGGGGGGGACGAGACGGUGGUAGAGACGCUCGUCCUGGACCAUACAAUGAUAGAAGAGUUCUUCCGAUCCAACUCGUUGGUUACGAUGGAUCUGCUGCAGGUGGCGUCGCGACCGGGUACACCGAUUACAAUCGCGGGGCUGGCGACUUUAGCGGCCGUGGGGCGGACUUUGGUGCCGGCUACGAUCGCGGGGCUUACGGUCAGAACGUGGGUGGUGCGGCGAUGGGUUACACUUCGACGGCGCCGGGGAUGGGCGGCGGAUAUGGGCCAGCUACCGGCGCCGUGGGCGGAUACGGGCCGACCGGCGCAACAGACUAUGGACGAACGGCCGAUUAUGGCCGCGCCGAUUUCGGCGCUAGAACAGACUAUGGUAAUCACGGUGUAGUUGGUGGUGGCAUGGCCGGAGAUUUUAAUCGUGGCGCACCUGGUCCGGUAGAUUACGGUCGCACCGAUAAUUUCGGUGCCAGCCGCACUGUUGAUUAUACAGCAAGAAAUGAUUAUGACCGAAGUGCGGCUGGGCCAAUGAGAAACGGUGGUGGCGCUGUUGCCACUACUGGGUAUGGGACUGGGUACACUGAUGUUGGAUAUGAUGAGAGCCACUGGGGAAUGAGCACUGGACCUAGCUACAGCACAGGGGCACCUAGUUACAGCACUGGUCCAGGACCACAAGCUGAUAUGUUUAGUAGAAGACCUGGCAGUGCCGUGCCCAGUGGCAGUUAUCCACCAAUUGCUGGCGGUUAUGCCGAAGGAUAUGAUAGACCAGACGCAUAUGGUCCUCCACGUGGCGGCGGACGCUUCCCAGGUCCGGCAGACGCGAUGCCACCGAGGUACUAAGCGUGUACUAAACGCACUAGCGCAUGCGAAAGGCGACCGAAAACAAAAAAAAACCGUAAAAAAAACAUCGCCGCCUUUCAGCAGCGAUCAUUCGCUUAUCGGACUCGAUUACCUAGGAAUUGCCCUCUGCGUCCGUCGUUGAGUCCACGAUAAUUAUAAUGAAAACUAUAUAAAACUUACAAUAGAACUUAAUAACGUAAUUAUAUCGUAAAAUAUGGUAAGGAUAAGAUUAUCAAUAGAUGAUAAUCAUUAAUUGAAUCUAAGCCCAGUUUUUUUUUUAAAUACACUAUGAAUCAGUUUAUAAAUUAAUCGAUUAAUCAAUUUAUUAUUGAUAUACUUCAUUGUGCUAGUAUAUUGUAUGUUUGAAGAAAAUUUGUCGGCAUUACAUUAUUCGUGCAGUUUAUGUUCAUAAUGUCUUUUUGUCCUUACUGUCUCUUUUUCUGCAAACAAGAUAAAGCCAAGUAUGUGGGUCUAACAUUUUUCUCAAUUUAAUUCUCUCAAUGCCCACAUUAUAGUAUGUAGAUAAUUUUGUUUUAUCUCGUAGCAUUAAUUCUACAAAAAGUGACUUAUACGAUACAAUAACAAUGCUGUAUAAUCUUUUUUUUACAUAUAAGAACUUGAUUAAUGUUUUCAAAUGUUCACUCAUUAAACAAAAAAUAGAAAUAAAUUAUUACAAUGUACCUUUAUAUAAAACAAAUAAAGUGCAAAUGUGAAUGCCCUAAA